AUGGACUCGAAUGACUUUGCAACCACGAAAUCUGAAGAGGCAAAAAUGUCUUCUUCGUCUCAGACAAAUCACCUUGAGCAUACAAACCUUGGACGGAUCCACACUGCUGGUGGACACGUAGAUGAUAGAAGUCAACCAGCUCUUCCGGUUUAUCAUCGCACUUUUGCCAGCCCCUCCCCAUUGGGAUUGAUAUCAUUCGCGACAGACAUAUUCCUUAUAUGCGUAUUCGGACUGCAAGCCAGGGGUGUGACUGCACCAAAUGUGAUGAUUGGGUGUCUGAUAUUCUAUGGCGGCGUUGGUCAGUUUAUUGCUGGAAUCAUGGAAUUUAUCACGGGAAACACGUUCGGUGCCACCGUCUUUUCCUCCUAUGCUGCGUUCAACUUGUCGUAUGCAAUGAUUUAUUUGCCCGGGACGGGUAUUCUGGCUGCAUACACCGAUUCUGCAACCGGGGCCAUAAGCCCUAGUUUCAACCAGGCUCUGUCGCUCUAUCUGUGGGCAUGGUUGAUUGUAACGGUAGUAUUUACCGUCGCGGCGAUGCGAUCCUCCUGGGUUCUUUUCAUCGACCUAUCCUUAUUGGACAUUUGCCUUCUCCUGCUUGCGUGCGGAUAUAUGGUCAAUGUCCAGAGCCUUCUGACAGCUGGAUAUGCUUUCGGGCUUGUGGUGUCAUUCCUUUCCUUCUCGGCAGACUGGGCUGGUUGUGCUGGGUUAUGGGGCGGCGGAGUAACACCUAUCAAGCUGCCGACAUUUGAGAUGCAAGCAGCUGUUUGA